UGAAUGCUUCGGAGGUUUAUCAGAACAAAAUCAAGACAAUUAGGAAGUAUGGCUUGGAGAUCACAUGGCGUGGACAACAACGAUCUCGUAAAUAACCUCUAUAAAAACAAUAUCAUCAAGUCCAAGCACGUAAUGGACGUUAUGAAACGAGUUGACCGUGGUAGCUAUUGUCCCAACAACCCCUAUAUGGAUGCACCUCAAGGUAUUGGGUUCGGACAGACCAUAAGUGCCCCGCACAUGCACGCACAUUGUUUAGAACUGCUGAAGGACCACCUUAAACCUGGAACGCGCGCACUUGAUAUAGGAUCUGGAAGCGGUAUAUUGACCGCCUGUAUGGCCUUGAUGGUCGGAUCUAGUGGCAAGGUGGUCGGAAUCGACCACUACGACGGAUUAGUUAAGAUGUCGAUUGAGAACAUAAUCCAGGAUGGAAAAGGUUCUUUAAUCGACUCCGGGACUAUAAUUCUACUUGCUGGAGAUGGUCGGAAAGGAUACCCAGAGGAAGGCCCGUAUAACGCCAUACAUGUUGGAGCAGCAGCGCCACGCCUGCCAGAGGAUCUAGUUAACCAGCUGGCUCCAGGAGGUCGAAUGAUUAUUCCUGAAGGUCCUGAGGGAGGAUCCCAAUCCCUAAAUCAGAUUGAUAAAAGCCUGGAUGGGGAAGUUACCCGGACAAUGCUGAUGGGGGUCAACUAUGUUCCUCUGGAUGAUCUGAGACAGCGCGGAAGGUUUGCAGAAUUUUAGAAAUCAUCUUUUAAACAUAAAAUGAUUCUCUGCUAUUUUACGUUUUUGUCAUCAUCAUAAUCCCUACAAAGAGUUUAACCAUUUUUUAUUUACUGUUUUGUUCUAUGUUUAUAGAUAAUGAAAGUUUUUUUUGUGUAAUAAAUAUCAA